GCCCGCCGCCCCGCGCCGCCCCGGAGCAGGAAGCGGGGGAUGGCGGCCCCUGACCCCGGCGCGGCACGGAAGAGCUUGCGGGGAAGGGACGGAGAUGGGAUGAGAAGAGAUAAGUGUCCUGCACUGCAAAUGGCCUCCCGUUUGGCAUUUACUGGGUGCUAGCCUGGAAUCAUCUUUGGAAGAAGAAGAAGGUUGAUGACACUAAGAUGUUUGACAGAAUCAAACGAUCUGAUGAAGCUUCUGCUUCUUCAGCACAAGGAAUAGAAAGACAUGGUGUUGAAGGUUCGCUACAACAGGACGGCAAUAGCAGUUUGCAUACGAGAGGGCAAGAACAUCCUCGGCCUGGAGUAUCCACCAUGCAAAACAGGCAAGGAUACUGCAACUGCUGCCAUGUACACUACAGUAAUCUGGAACAGCAUAUUUUCAGCUCUCAGCACAGACAUUUUACCACUUACUGCAGGAAUCGUAUGGGUACCAGUAGCUUGAUGGAGCGUUUCCUGCAAGAUGUUUUGCAGCAUCAUCCCCACCGAUACCAUGACAACAGGCCAACCUAUGAUGACAUGCCACUCCGAAUCACUCCAGCAUCUGCUAGGAUUGCUUGCCUGUCUUCAGAAGAGACCGAGAAAAAGGAGAAUAGAGGCACACAGGAGAUUUCUAGCAAAGACCAGGAGUCCACUGAUGACAUGUGCUCUUCUGCUCCAUGCCUGUCUCAUGAGGGCCCAAAGGAAACUUCUGUAACACAAACACUUACUCAGAAAUUAAAAACUGAGGAGGAACGUGUUAUAGGAAUAUCCCAGCAGUCUACUGACAUUUGUAGCAAUGAGAAAUGGAAUGUCCUGAAAGAUGCUCAAACUGCAAAUCAUAGCCAUGAAGACCAGUUUACGGCUGUGAGCUCCAUACCUCAGCACUUGUCUGUCAAUCCUUUAACACAUAAUUCUUCUGUUAAUCCUAAAAUAGAAAAAAAUGUUAAGAAUUUGUCAUCAUCAAAUGAGAUUCCACAUAGUGGAUGUGAUGAAACAGAAACUGAGAUAGGCAAUAGGGAUGUGUUAUUGAAACCAUGCUUGAAUCCUGCUGUGGCACUGGCUCACCCCAAAUACCCUUCAGUUUCACAACAGAAUCCUGUGUCUAGGCACAGGGAUUCUUUACGUAUUACCUCAGGUCAAUCUCUUUUAAAACAAGAUAGUUUACAAACUCAGGACGAAACUUUGGUGUCUGAUUUCCAUCUCAGGGAUACUGUGGGUAUUAACAGCUCCCUAGAUCUUGGGACUUCCCCACAACUAGCAAGAUGCAAAAAUGUGAAGACAAACAGGGGUGAUGAAAGUUCAGUGGAUGAAACUAUUGAAAAUGUUAUUCUGAAGUACUGCCAUGGAACCACAUAUGAAGAACUUCAUUUCAAAGAGGAGAACAAUCUCUGUUUAACUGUUUCAUCGCUUCUGGAUCGUACUCAUUUAGAGGGUUCUGAAAUGAGUUUUGACUGUGAUGCACCUAUUCAAUCAGGAACAGACUUACCCAAGGCAGCUGUAAAAGACAUAGAGUUGCUAAAAGAGGUCCAAAUAAGUUUGCAAGAUAAAGACUAUGGAACACAGCUCUCUUCUGUUUUAAAAAGUGAGUCAUUGCAGCAAAUAGAAACAGUGAAACGGGAUGUAGUAGCUCAUACUGAAGAACCAGUUCUUCCAGCUCUGCCUCAUGUGCCUCCUUCUUUUGUGGGAAAGACUUGGUCUCAAAUAAUGUAUGAAGAUGAUAUAAAAAUUGAAGAACUUGUGCGUGAUUUCAGGGAAGGUCGUUUUCGCUGCUACUUUGACAGCGAAUCCUCAGCCAACUUUACGGGGAGGAGAAUGAAGAAAAAAAAGCGGAAAGAUGAGAAAAAGAAUGAUACUGCUGAGGGUAACAGAACAGAAAGUGCAUCAGUUAAAGCACUGCCAGAAUUUAAUGAUGCUUUAAGUGGUGGCUCUGAUUUUGAUAACCAAUCUGUAGCUUCAGGUAUGCUAUGCAACCAACAAAUUCUUAAAAUGCCUAGGAAAAGGACAUGGCGCCUAGCUUCAAGAUGCCAGGUGGUUAAAGUUAGCCAUGGCACACAAACGAGUCUAUUGAAUUACCCUGUAACAAAAAGAAAAAUGGCUAGAAGGGAGUCUGAUCAAGCUGAUCAGAAAGAAAGCAUCACGUGGCCAGAAGGUGAAAAGACUCCAAACAUGAAAACUAGACUAUGUGCCCUUAAACUUCCCGAGUCCUAUAGCAAGAUUAUGAGCCCUGUGCAACCCAAGACAACGGUGUAUGUACUUUCAUGUCCAGAGAUUAAACAGUGUAAAGGUAAACCUGUAGACAUUCCCCAAAUGAGGAAAAAUCGUAACUCCACAGAUAGCAAGGACUCUAUAAGGUAUAAAUACAAACAGUGUUCUUUGAAGUAUUAUGACCCACUGACAAAUAGAAUUCUGAAAAUGCCUCCCAAGAGUUCUGUUGGAGAAAAGGUCAAAAAGCCCUCCCAUGUUAGACAGCUUUUCAGAAGUCUCAGCUUUGAUGCAAACAUGAGGAAACUAGCUGAUGCACAGAGAGAAGGCAUACCAUCAAAGUCCUUGAAUUGGUCAGACCUCUAUAGCUCAUCUUCAGCAACUCUUCUGCCAGACCCAGGUAAAGGGAACGAUACAGCAUCAAGUCAAAAAGCAGAUGGAUCUUCCAUGAUUUCUGUGGAAAGAACAGAUUGUCUUGUAUCUGGUCAGUCUGAGAACUCUUCGAAACACCAGUCUGUGGUAGAAGGAGACAGUAGAUUAACUCCUUUGAACAGCAGAGUUACCAAAACUCCUCUGACCUCCAUCAGGAGUGAGCGAUUAGAGAGGGAGAAUCCAAAAGCAAUGUGGAAGAGAAAAGAAGGCACUAGCAUAGAACCACUUUUUUCCAAAAAGGCUGCAGGAGCUAUGUCUGUCAGAUGCACUGUUGGGAGAAGAGGAAACAGAGUGAACACAGGCAAACAAACUUCCAGAACUAUAAAACAGCAAAAAGAGGGAAUGAGAAGGAAACUUUCUCCUUGUGCACAGAAAUCUUCUGCUUUUUCCAUACACAGGCACCAGACAAGGAAAACUACAGUGGGAAAGCACCUUAACAAAGAAAAGCCUGAUGCUAAAAAAUUAAAGGUGAGGAGGAAACCAAAAAGGACUUUUCUGAACACAACAGUCGUCACAGGGAUUCCUGAAAAGGGGCAGAAAGUCACGCCAGGAUCUUUUCCUAAAAAGCCAGAGAGCUUCUUCCAAAGUCAGAAGCUGGGAACCAGCACCUGGAAAAGAAGGGAACAAAAGGAGGUCAUAGACAAAGCAGUUGAAGUGUUAGAGCUGCAGAAAGUGCAAAGCCAGUCUAAUGUGAAACAGUGACGUCUUCUGUUUACUUCAAUGAAGCCAGGAUUCAUCCCAUCCUGUGGUAACUGAAGCAAUGACAUCCAAGGAUAGCACUGAAAAAGCAUUGGAGCUAUUUUAGAUGUCUUCAAUUGCAUUUUGGCAGCAGGAAACCAAGAAAACCAACCAAUUGGCAAGGUGCCCACAGAACUUCAUGAACAUUGUUGGCUUUUUGUUGUUUUGUUUUUGAGGGCAUGUUUAUUAAAGAGGGCAGUGCCUGAAAGUAUCAUAAUAUUAUGUAGUUUUCUACUUCACAGAGAAGCCAAUUGAUUCUGCAUAACUGUAGACCAAAUAAAUCCUGAUUAUGAUGAUCUUGCAAUGCAUGCAGAAGAACUGCCUUUAAAACUGUGUGUAAAAAUAGUUUAAAUGUUUUCUGGUAAAUAGAAUACCAGAAUUGUACUCUAUACAAUUUUAUUGAACAAUAGACUACCUUGCAUAGAACACCUUGUUCUUUAAAUUUAGUAGACAUUUUCUGUUUGUAACAGUGCCUGUUUAAAACAGCAUAAUCUCUUGCAGGAGUGAUGCAUGCAAAUGUGUCAGCUUGAAUUGACAAAUGGCUGAAAAGCAUAGACAUGUUGUUUCUUGAGGCUUUAAUAUGUCAUAAAAUUUCAGGAUAUGCUUUGCAAUUUUCAAUCCAUCCUUAAAGAUUAUUAUGUAUUAUGUUAUCUGAGUGUAAUUAUCUACUUCAGCACUGUUGUGCUGUCAAAAAGUGCCUCAUUAAAUACAUUAGAUAUAGUUCUACCUUCUAUACCUGGAGUUACAAAUAUCAUACUGUAACCAAAUUUUUGAUCUGGUGAUUGCAUCUUUCCUGGGAGAUGUGAGCAAUUCAUAACAUGUUUAUAGAGUGUCAAGUAUAGUAGAGGUCUAGUUUAAAUUGGAAUAUUUGAGAGUUAUGAUGAAAUUUAUGUUUUAAGUUGGUUUUAGAUUCAUUGGAGUCAUUAGUGGUUUAAUGCUUGAAACUGUUGUAUUUGUGUGACACUGGAAGUUGUAAUGAUUUCUCUGAAGUCCAGAACUGUUUUUGAUUUUUUGAUGAGACACGAACACAAGUCAUUAUUAUACAUUAUUAUAGCUCGUAUUAUUUGUCAGGCUUUCUCUGUCAGUAUUCCUUCUUUAAGGAAUACUGAAAAACAGUUUUUCACAAAUACUAGCAUUUGUAAAUAGCUUUUUUGAUCUCUUGCAUCCUCAAAAAUGUAUUUUAAUGUAUUAAAGCUGGUCAGCUUUUCCUAUUUGCUGUGUCAUAUUGCAUUGACAUUGGCACUAGUGCAACUGAAAAUGUUGAUUAUAGUCUACUUAUUAAUAUUGCAGAAACAAGUUGUAGAAUCAAAACAAUGAAAAUAUGUCUUUUCUAGCUCAUGCAGAAAGCUGUCUGCUGGUCUGAAGAUUAUGCUGAGAGAAUUAACAGUGAAGGGGAUAGGUUUAAUCCUCAGAAUGUGUGUUGCUUCCCUUGUGGAUACAGUGCACAUGCGUGACGUGCCUUUUAAUACACUAAAGUGCUAAGAAGACACGUAGAAAUGAGGAGUAGUAAGACUUAGAGUUGUAGCAAGGAUAGAAUGAAACAAAACCAAUGAAUACUCAGUUUUCUGUCUUGGUCUUUCUUAUACGUUAAUCUCUGUUUUGUCUGAACCUUUGCAAACAGUUAUCAAAAUCCAUCUACUUUCUGUGGUGAUUCAGUUCAGAUUCUAUCAUUCUUUCUUCUGGUAUUUUACAUUUAUUUGCUUAAUACAUAAAUAAUAUUUCUCUUUGGUAGUGCUCCUUUUGAUCCUUUCAGCAACUGUUAGAGGGGGAAAAAAGAUUAUAGCAAAAGUUGUGCACCUAUUUCCUUUAGAAGAAACAGUUUAAUAAAUAAAAGCCAGAAGUUCUAAGGCUGUAUGUGGCUACCAGCAGGUUUCUCCGAACACUGGAAGCAUCUCUGUUAUAAUUCUGCCCUAAUGUUGACUAAUCAGUCAGUUGUCCACAAGAUGAUGGAAAUGCUUGGGCAUUUCUUUUCAAUAGCAUUAGACUCAGUCUGCAUACAACAAAAAGUAAGCAUACUGAGUUUUUGGCAACAGAUAUUUCAUGGCCUUAGAUUUUUAAAUAUCUAAUGCUUUUGUUUUCCACGCUAUUCUUGCAAAUUAUCAUUUCCUGAGUUAUUGCCAACAUAUCAUAUUUAUGAUGGAAUUUGGGGUCAGGAUAAUGUUGGAGUCAAAGUCAGCAUAUUUUCACCUACAACAAUUAGUUAAUGUUCAUACAGCACUUUUUGUGGAUAUAAAGAUCUCUUAAGUGUGCAGUAUUAUCUGGAAUUAUCUUCAGUAAUCUUACUUUAGAUGUCAGUGUUUGUUUUUUGUGAAGUGCGUUGGUAAGCACAUGAACUUUUUUUUAAGAGCUUAAAAGAUAGCACGGUAACAGAAUUGUAUGUUAUGUAUUUUUUUUACUUCCAAGUUUAUAAAGAUUUUUAC